CAGUCAUGUGGAAGAAAUGAGGCAUAUGACUGGUGUGUGGGUGACAGAUGAAUAGAACUUCAGACCAUCUAUGGGAAAAACUGGAGAUAGCCUGAUAGUCAAAACAUGUAUAAAUAUCCAAUAUCCAUGACUCUUCAGGGAUCUUCGCCUUUCCUGGGGAUGAUAACAAGCCUCAUUAGAUCCUCUCCAGUAACCUAGAUACUGUCCAUUGGGGGAGACAGAUGAGACUGCCCUUGUACUGGGAGACAACUCAUUGCUUUUGCAUCACAUCACUUCAUUUCUCUCAGGACUCACUGGCUUGACGACAAUGUGCGUAGGGAAGUGCAGUCGGAUUCUGGGCCCAUGCCUCAUUGCCUUGGGUGUGCUUUCCAUUGCUGCCAAUGUGCUCCUCCUCUUCCCCAGCUGGACGUGGAGCUAUGUGAAGGAGGGCCGCAUCACCAAACAGGCUAUGCAAGUGCCAGGAGUCUGGGGAGGAGGCAUAAUUGUUCUUCUGGCUGCAACUCAGAUCACAGCUGUUGGGUGGCGCUGUGGCCGUUCCUCCGACUGUGGAACUUGCCGGAAUAUGUUCCUUUCCAUUGUAUUGUCGGGGCUGGCGUUGCUGGGAUCUACUGCUUGCUUUAUCCUUUCGGGUGUGGGCUUAACAAAUGGACCCCUCUGUCUAUACAAUCAGACUGAAGUCCUGCAGUGGGAUUACCCUUUCGUAAACAUGGAAAACCAGGCCUUCCACACCAGGGCUCAGAAUUAUUUGUAUGACCCAUCACUCUGGAAUUCAGUCUGCAUCGAGCCCCCAAACGUUGUAGCCUGGAACAUCUACUUCUUCUCCGUUCUGCUGGUCAUCAGUGUGGUCGAAAUGGUCCUGGCUUCUCUUCAGGUCAUCAAUGGCUUCUUUGGAUGCCUCUGUGGCUUAUGUGAAGGCAAAUAGGUUCAGUUCACAUCAGAUUCCUGAGUUGCCUGGAUUUUGCUGUGCUGAGUAGAGGUGGCAUUUACAAAGGAGUAUCAUCCCAGAGCUUUGAGCUUUCUGCAUCAGCUACACCUGUGCUAAUAUUAAACCGAUCAUGGUCUCCUGGGUAGCCAUAUUAGCUCAUCACUACAAGGACAUUUAAUACACACUAGAAUCACUGCCACCAUUUUAUUCCUGAGUGGCAGCUAGAGCUGGAUAUCAGACUUACGCUUUUGUGUUAUGGAGCUACAAUGUAGGUUCUGUAUGAACACAUUGAACUGAAUUGAUGGGGCCAUUAUAAGAAUACCCUCUGAUUUCUACAGGCACAAACCCAGGGGGAAGUGGAAAUAAUCCAUGCUAGCUGUUUACCUUUGUCUGGGAAAGGUGUGAUGUUCCUUAGCACCAGAUUCAGGAAAUGCACAGACCCUUUGUCAAGGGAAGAACACUGUGCAAGCCUGGGGCACUAGACACCACAGAUUCUGCACAAGCAAGAGAUCGCUUUGAAGAACAAAUGAAUCCCGAGUCCUCUGAUCUGGAUUUUCCCACCCUGUGGUUUCGUCUGUGCUGAGGCAAUGCCUCUGGAUAGUAGCUUGAAACUGGCCUGUCGGAGGGCUGCUGAUUAACAGAGAGAUUUUGGAUGGACCAUGUGACCCUUAAGCUGACAUUUUUGCUAAGAAUAAAGAGAGGGAAGGGGGCAUCAGUUGGGACCAAUAACCUUUCAGAUCUUUAUUCAUCAUAACAAAGCAAAAUAGCCACAAGCCCCAUUUUUUCUGUUUGCACAACCCAUAUGACUGUAGCCCAUGUAGCGAUAUUUAUAGUGACAUUAGUCCAAAAUAUGGUUUAUUUUUUCACUGUCUUUUAAUUUAUUAAUCUAUCUAUAAAUCUGC